AUGGAGCGCUCAACUGUGCCCCAGCCGACCAUUUUCUCGCACAGCGUUCGAAUACCCCUCGACCAAUCGACAACGAAUACACCAGGAACACCACCCACCUACACUGCAGUUGCUGACGAGCCCCUGGGCCAGCGCUCGGGACUGCAAGCUGCCACUCCGCUACGAUGGAAUCAACCCCGACCAGAGGCGUUCUUUGGCUGGGCUGCUCCUCUUCCCGCUCCACAUGUGACCUCAAAUGGUGGACUGGACCAUCCUUUCGGCCAUGUGUCAACAGAACCACAGAUCUCAAGCUAUGGCUUCGACGUGCCACCCAGGAGUGUACGACAGAAUCUAACCAACACUUUUCUCGAAUACUGCAAUCCAUGGCUGCCGAUCGUGGAGCACGCUGACCUUGCGAAUCUUGCGCGAAUCGAGCAGCAGUCAGCUUCGAUGCUUCUCGCGCAAGCACUUUGGUUUGCGGCGAGUUGUAUCGAGCAAUCUUCUACUGCACCGAGCGAAUUUUACCAACGAGCUAAAGCGCUCUUCUGGUCGGGCAGCGAGAACGACCCGUUUGUCGCCGUCAAGGCUGCGUUGAUGUUGAUGUCGCAUGACUGGCAAGUUUCUGAACACGGUACGUUUGAUAACAGUGAGCUUUGGCUUCACGUGGCAGUCACCGUUGCAUACCGAAUCAAGCUGCACAGAGAUCCUCCGCCAGACUCGAAAAGUGGCAUCCGUCGCCGACUGUGGUGGACCAUUGUUGCACAGGAUUCUUUGAUGUCUUUAUUAUACGCUAGACCUCGCGCCAUCAAUCUCAUGGACUCUGAUGUCCGCGGACUAGACGAUAUGGAUUUCAUCAACAGCCAAGCCGACCCUGCCGUCUUCAGCUUGUACGUGGACAUAAGCAAGAUCCUAGGUGAUCUAGUCGAGUGCUACCGGCGCGGAUUUACGAGCUACACUCAUAGAUCAAGUAUCGAGAACAGCCUUCAUCUCUGGCGCCUUCGCCUGUGUCAGUACGAAAGCGUUGAUGUCGACCGGGAUAUCUCCCAGUCAACAGAUCAGAGCCUGGCUGUUCGCCAGUUGAAGCUGCCUUAUUUGACAGCUCUAGUUCUGUUUUCUAAGAGCCAGCACAUUUUAUCAACCCUCAAAUGCUCCUCUGCAUCAAGCUUACGGAUUUCGGCGACGGCUUCAAUCGCUGCUUCGUUGAGUGCUGGCAUCUUCAAGAGUAUGCUGGAACAUGACGAGAUCCAAUAUCUCGGACCUGUGUUCACCAUCUACGCAUUUUCGGCAAGCAUGGUGCUCCUCCGACUCUGGGCCUACCCAAAGCUGUGGGAAGCCGUUCAGCCAGAUCUGCAGACAUUAAGAGAGGCUUUGUCGAGUCUUACAAGACAUGAUUCAGCUGUGGCUGACGUGGCAAAAGCUUUGGACAAUGCACGUGAAUACGUGGAAACAACACAGCAGCAUCGUCCUGUUGAUCUGCCGACUGUAUCCGACCGGCCACUAUGCUUCAAACUCCUUGAGACUAUGUCACCGGCGGGUUGCCAGUUGUGGAGUCACGUUGCAGAGCUUGCUGACGACUCGGAGUCCUCGGAUGCAGACCAGACCUUCAAUUCACCGGCAAGUGGAGAGGCGAGGGCUGAAAAUGCGGCCGUCUUUCAGUCACAGCGCACUGGUAGGUCUUCAGAUAGCUUACUUUCGAGCCAUGGAUUUGCCUAUGGUCAGUAUGAAGACUGGAUCCUCCACGAUGGCUGA